UUAGGCGAGGACAAAGAUCAAAAAAUAUAUCAGCUAUUCGGCAAUACAGCGUGAGCAUUUCGUACGACCCACAAUUUCAUUUUAAGUUUUGCACAACCGUUUUAAGAGCUAUUUGUUAUAGAAUUUUGCGAACACCGUCCCAUAAUUCUCCUAAUUGUUUUGUUUAAAUGUUGAAUAGAUAAUAUUAUGUAAUUUUUAUUAGAUUUCAUUCCAUGUUUCUUCAACAUGAAUGUUUUGUUUAUGAAAAAAAUUCGACAAGGCUUCUACUGAUUAGGCUUAGCUAGACUGUGCAAAAUAACCUUGCAGGGGAAUAUCCUUUAUCAUGCCGUGGAAAAGGAGAAAACAAAGCUUUAUGCUUAAAGUUAACGAGGGCGGGAUUCAAGCUGUCUCUCUCAAACCUUUAUCUCCUAUUGACGAAGAGUUUCGAUUCAAUUUUCCACCUCAACAUCCCGUGACAACUGUAGGCCUUUUGGACGCUUCUGAUAAAGUAUUUGGAAAGAUUCGGACUCUGAGUGAAGAAGAAUCUGGACCCAGACCAAUACAAACAGUGAGUAAAAAAGCACCUGGAUCCAUAUCCAACCGAACAGUGAGUAAAGAAGAACCUGAGGUGUCAGCUUUCGUGACAACAAAUGGUCACCAAGCAACAAGACCCAAACACUUGAAAUUCUCUUCUCUAGCGAACGGCCAUGUUGGUUCUUCUGUGCUCACUACUGGGGGCGCUUCAGUGUCAUCCGGGAAUGGCAGCUCGAUGGGAGUAAAAGUUUUUGACAAUAACUUAGCCACUGUUGAUUUUCGGGAGUCAUGGUCUCGCGGCCUUGAGUUUUCUCUGUCAACCCUUACUAUGACAAUUGGUUUGAUUAAUCUGUUAAGGUUUCCUGUUUUACUGCACAGAAAUGGAGGAG